ACAAAGUACAUAACUAUUUAACAUAGCAUCAUUAACUAUACACGUAAAACUUCUAAAAGGUACAAGCAGAGGCUAUAUGAGUUUCCAAUGCUGCACACAUUAAAGUAUCAGGUUAUCAUAUUUGAAAACAUGGAGAUUUUGAGGCCCCUUCUUGAUCCCCUUAAAAUGUUGUUGUAUAUGGAAAUAGCGAACGCGAUUAGUUAUGUAAUUUUUCAGCCGCAAUAAUAAUUAAAAUUACUGAAUGUAUUGGAAAAUUGACGCAUUUAGAAUCACUGAACAUGCGCAUUUGGCACGAAAAGAACAAGCAUUCACUAAUAAGACAAAGUGAAAUAAUUUCAUUGAACAAUGUUAUACCGGCAAGCUCGUUUUAAUACCACUAACAAAAAAUUUGUUAAAUUAUCUAACAACCCUUCAGCAUGUUGAAUUUUUUGUCUUCCAGCUUAGUUGUCUUAGAAACAAGCUCUGUCAACUGACGAUUAAAUGUGCAGGGGGCGAAUUAAAAAAGUAAGGUGCGCAACAUGUGCUACGCCGUUUAUUACUCAUAAUGGGAAAACGAGGUAUCAUUUGUGCGAGCCAGCGACCAACAGUACAUUAAAAUAUGAAUGUAGGUGGAUUUUACAGCGAAUUGCAUUAAGCUCAUAUUCAAUACCAAAAUUUAAAUAUGUAUUACCCCCCUCCUCUUGAUAUCCCCCCCCUGUAUAAUUUAUCACAAUAAACACUCGUUGUUCCGCGGUCAGCUGUACAUUUUCUUUCGAAGCAAUAACAAGGCUAAUUUAAAUUUAAUCAUAUUCACAAUUUCACAUUUUUCGUAUUUAGCUUUUUUAUAACUUGCAUUAAAUUCCCACGGGCUAAAACUCAUGAACAUGCAGGGCAUUCGAAUUUUAACAAUGUCAAUGAGCGAUUUCAAUAGUUUUCGUUUUUUUUGAGACAUCCUUUAGAUUUCAUUGGCCACCUUAUUCAUAUUAUUGUACGUUUAUUGCUUGACGUUGAAUGCCUUUAGACGAUAAUGAAUUGUUAUACAUAUUUAAUGCCAUUCGCUGUCAAAUCCGCCUACAUUAAUCAUAUUUUACCGUUCUGUUGUAAAUAAACGGUGUAGUUGAAUUCGAAUCGUGAGCUUUUUUGGAAAUCGCUGCUUUUCGUUUUUGGCUGAUCCAAGAGAAGGACGAAACUGUGUCUACCUAAUUGUACAUAAUGAUUACUAAAAAUUUAGUAGCACACAAAGCCAGAAAAAUAUCGCUCAUAUGUUACAACAGAGGCCGCUCAACUUUAUUGUUUAUUGCUAUAGCAUUAUCGAUUACCGCUAUAGUGCUCACUAUUAGAAACAAUACUAAACUAAAUAAAGAAGAUGGCGAACUUAAUUCAAUUCGAAAAAAGACAAAAACUUUUGGUAACAACUCAUGUGAAAAAAUUCAAGAACUUGCAAGAAAAAUUGACAAAAUUGACGCCAGAUUUAAUGACCUGAUUAUCCAAACAAAAACUACGUUGGAGACUAAGAUUAAAAGUAUCGAGGGUAACCUAACCUCGCGAAUACUAAGCCUGCAAAAUUUUGUUUCUGACCUAAGGUCAAAUGUGAAUAGAGGGCAGACACAGCUGGGAAAUUUCAAGGUUUCGACGAACACUAAGAUUAAAAGUAUCGAAGGUAACCUAACCUCGCGAAUACUAAGCCUGCAAAAUUUUGUUUCUAACCUAAGGUCAAAUGUGAAUAGAGGGCAGACACAGCUGGGAAAUUUCAAGGUUUCGACGAACACUAAGAUUAAAAGUAUCGAAGGUAACCUAACCUCGCGAAUACUAAGCCUGCAAAAUUUUGUUUUUAACCUGAGGUCGAAUGUGAAUAGAGGGCAGACACAGCUGGGAAAUUUCAAUGUUUCGACGAACACCAAGAUUAAAAGUAUUGAAGGUAACCUAACCUCGCGAAUACUAAGCCUGCAAAAUUUUGUUUCUAACCUGAGGUCGAAUGUGAAUAAAGGGCAGACACAGCUGAGAAAUUUCAAAGUUUCGACGAACAGAAAAUUUUCAAAGGCAUGGAAGAAAUUUACAAAAGUUAACAAAGAAAUCGACAAUAUGUCACAGAAGAGUGGAAGCUUGAAAAAUACGAAGAAUGAAGCAGCAAUCUGUACCAUAAUCGUAAUCAUGUAUUAUGUGUAUAAUUUAUAGCUAGAGUAGAAAUUUUCUUCUGAUUUAUACGACUUCAUUUAUACGAAGAAUCUAAACUACACCCAGGAUUUUCUGGGGCGUUUAUCAAUAAAAAACAUUUACAGCUUCGCUUCGCUGUCCUUUCCGCCAAUCACAUGACUCUUGAAAGAAUAUUAUUCGUGGUUUGUUAGGAUUGUUACAUUACAAUUACCAGUUCAAUAUCCUACCCAAAUUUCUGAAAAGAUCCGUGCCGGUUUUUCUGUGUAAUUAUGGGUGCAUCAGUAGAACAGUGAACUGUAUUACAAUUACCAUUUUAAGACUGAACGGUUCAGGAACAGUCCAAUAGCAUCAUCAAUUGAACUUUUUAUAAUGACUCUCUUAAGAUAUAGCUGAUUUUAUAAUAUUUUAAUAUUUUAAUCUUAAAUACGUGUAAUUUACUAUUUCAAUUUUAUGUUAUAUGCAUCAUAGUUUAGUUUUUAACAGCUACUCAAUGAGUGAAUUUCUGUUAUUAUACUAUUAUUAUACUAUCAGACUUUGAGUGAACAAACUUGCAAAACUGUUGCAUGUGAAUUGUCUGUGCUAGAAAACAGACUUCUAGAAAUUUGUCUCAAGAUUUGUUACAAGUUGUCAAUAAAAUCUUUUCACGCAGCACACAUGCAGGAUUUGAUAGCACUAUAGCAUACGUAAUCAUUAAUGAUCUUCCUAAAUUCAUCCGUUCCAUGUUAACAUGCAAGUAAGAUAAUUUAGUG